UUAUAUAUUCCUUAAAAUCAAUUCCCAUUUGCGUUAUAAAACCGCCUGUCACCGUCACUGGGCGUGUGCUCUUGAGGAAAAAGAAGAAGAAAUUAGCUUUAUAAAAAAGAGAAUGUUUGGGAGAGGAGCGAAGAAGAGUGACAACAUGUUGUACUAUGAGACUCUGGGUGUUCCCAAGAACGCCAGUGUAUAUGAUAUCAAGAAAGCUUACCGCAAAGCCGCCAUCAAGAACCACCCUGACAAGGGCGGCGAUCCCGAAAAGGGAUACCUCGAUGGAUCUGUCGUCCCCCUCUCCGAAGACGACGACGAAUGGUGCCAACUCGAUGCUCUUCUCCAGGGUUGGAUUCUCUCCACCAUCACCGAUAAAGUCUCUAAUCUGGUCAUCUCUUCUCUCACCACUACUUCAGCUCUCUGGAAGGUCAUCUACGACCUAUUUCACGACAAUAAACACGCCCGGGCCAUGCAGUUAGAACAUGAAUUCCGCACCACCGUCAAGGGCUCUACCUCCAUGGCGGCCUAUUGCCAGCAACUCCAAAACCUUGCAGACUGGUUGGAUGACGUCGAUGCACCAGUCUCUCAACACCAACUGGUCCUCCAGAUGCUCCAAGGGCUUCACGCAGAUCUUCAGGCUCAGACCUCGUUCAUGCAGUUUCAGGAUCCGAUGCCAAAUUUUCUUCAACCCUACUCACUGCCCGAGCCGGUGGUCAACCCCACGGCGGGACACACGGCGGCAGCGGCUAUGGCGGACAGCACGGCGGCAGCAGCUACGGUGAUGGCAACCCGGGACAGCGCGGAGGCUUUGGACGAGGGCAAGGACGUGGCGGCGGAAAUCGGGGUCGCAGACGUGGACGCCAAAACGGCUCUAGGCAACGACAAACCCGUGACGGCAAUGCCACCUGGAACUCACCUCACCCGAACCCUAACCCCGGCCUCUUAGGCCCUCGCCCUACACCCUACCCGU